CCUGCUCUUUCCAUGACAGACUAACCAGGUGAGUCCAGAUGAAAGCUAUGAUCCCUUACUGAUGUCACUUGUUAAAUCCACUUCAAUCAGCGUAGAUGAAGGGGAGGAGACAGGUUAAAAAAUAUGUUUUACACCUUGAGACAUGGAUUGUGUAUGUGUGCCAUUUAGAGGGUGAAUGGGCAAGACAAAAGACUUAAGUGCCUUUGAAUGGGGUAUGGUAGUAGGAGCCAGGCUCACCGGUUGACCGGUGCUGGGUUUUUCACGCUCAACAAUUACCCAUGUGUAUCAAGAACGAUCCACCCAAAGGACAUCCAGCCAACUUGACACAACUGGGAAGCAUUGGAGUCAACAUGGACCAGCAUGUGGAACGCUUUCGACACCUUGUAGAGUCCAUGCCCCGAUGAAUUGAGGCUGUUCUGGGGGAAAAAGGGGGUGUGACUCCAAAUGAUUAGGAAGGUGUUCUUAAUGUUUUUUCCACUCAGUGAAUAUACAGUAUGUAUGCUGUGUUUACAGUAUGUCUGCUGUGUUUACAGUAUGUAUGCUGUGUUUACAGUGUGUACAUGUGCUAUAUUCAAGUAUGACUUUCAUAAUUGUGUAUGACUGGAUAUAUUUCAGUAAGAGAUGCUGUAUUUCAGUAGGACAUUUAGUAAAUGUUUCCUGGAUAGUCACCUAUUGGGGUGUUUCAGUAAGAGGUGUUUCCACCUUUUUGAUCUGUAUGAUAAGAUGAAAGGUUCUGAGGAUGAUGAAGUGAUCGCCUGGUGGUUUUCUAACUACGGAGUGAACAGAAUAACACCAGCUCUAAUCAAAACAGGACAUUUCACUUCAGGAAGUGUAUAAGUAUUAAUAGAACUGUUUUGCAAACUGACAGAGGAAAUUAGGGAAAUCUGUUUCAUAACACAUUUUCAGGUUUGGAAAUUAAUAACAUCUGUAUUAGAAAUGGGUAAGAUUAAACAAGAGCCUUUUUACUUACUCAGUAAUUACUUUGGCAGCCACAAUAGCAGUAAUCUAUGUUGUCUGUUACAUUUAAUUUAACUCAAGGAAUUAGGUCCUUGUUAAAGGGAUAUAUUUGCCCACAGUACAGCAAUGAAACAGCAGGGAGCAGGUCUCGAACCCUCAACCUUCUAGCCCGAAGUCUAGCGCGCUAUCGAAUGUGCCGAAAAAGCAUGCUCCAGUGGCAGAGUCGAUAUUCGCGCGUAUAAACCCAGGGUCGUUACAAUACAUAUUGGUUUCUUCACCCGAUAAGCAUUUUAUGGACAAUGUAUAACAGCCAACCAUGCUUUCCCAAAUGCUAACGUUUUAGCAUGGGAUUGGCCAGGGAAACUGAACCAAGCAUUAGUAUUUUAUUGCAGAUUUAAAUUUACAAGAAAGACAAGCAUUUACAAGGAAGCGUUUCCAAAACAUUUGAACAAGUAAUGAAGACAUAUCAAACAUCAGCAGCCAAUAACACAUUGGAUUGGUCAACAACAGGCCAUUCGUCUUUGGCCCUUGAUUCGCUCCCCUUACCAAACGGCAGAGGGCAUCGUCGUUCGUAAACGUUGGAAGCGCGAGGCGGGUUAUUUGGUGAAAUGUGACGCUUGAGCCGCGAACCCAUUGAGAAAUUCGCCUUCUGCCAUGACCGCACUUAUCACCACCGCAAGCAACUCCGUGCUGGAGACAGACACCAGUUCUUCAGAUUCACAGUCUGCAGAGCAGCUGACGAGAUAGUCACUUUUCAACGGACCGUUAUUUUUUAUUCUCGAUCCACUACCCCUGUCGUUUUUCCAUGUUCAUAGUGCUAGACUUCAGAAAGUAUUCGGAACUGUUCGUUUUUGUAACUUUGUCUGUAGCACUGAAACCUUUGUUUUGUUUCAUGUACUUCUUCCAUAGUGUUGUUCCUCAAGGAUGCGCCAAAGGAUGGGUCAUGUUCUGAAUCAGAAGAGGAGCCUUUUGGAUGUUCUCUGCGUGUAUUUGUCUGUUUCUGUAGUUCACUCCUACAACAUUGACCUAGAACAUGCUGUUGUGUUCCGUGGACCUGACUCGAGUUUCUUUGGAUACUCUGUUCUGGAGCACUAUCAUGACAAUACGCGCUGGGUUCUGGUAGGGGCCCCCAAGGCCAACUCUUCCUACAGCAGCUCACUUCACACCCCGGGAGCCGUGUUCAAGUGCCGUGUCCACAGCAACCCAGAGAGACGCUGCACGGAGAUGAACCUGGGCCGAGGGAAUAAGCCCCGGGAGUCUUGUGGGAAGACGUGCCAGGGAGACAGGGAUGAUGAGUGGAUGGGGGUCAGCCUCGCCCGGCAGGACAAACCCAAUGGCAAAAUACUGGCCUGUGCCCACCGUUGGAAGAAUGUCUUCUAUGACUCUGAGCUCAUCCUUCCCCAUGGUUACUGUUCCAUCAUCCCUCCUACGCUACAGGGCCGGACCCAAGCCCUCAUCCCCUGCUACGAAGACUAUAAGCAGAAGUAUGGGGAAGAGCACGGCUCGUGCCAAGCGGGGAUAGCAGGCGUUUUUACUGAGGAGCUGGUGGUGAUGGGAGCUCCAGGAUCAUACUACUGGACAGGAACAGUUAAGGUCUACAACCUGACCUCCAACACCUUCUACAACCCCAAAAAAGAAGACAUCGACUCACACAGAUACAGUUAUCUAGGCUAUGCCGUGACUACUGGACACUUCUCCUCUCCUAACAUCAUAGAUGUGGCUGCAGGAGCUCCACAACACAGUGGAGGGGGGAAAGUUUACAUAUUCAGGAUCGAUGGUGUGUCUUUGGUGAAGAUCUUUCAAGCCUCAGGGACAAUGAUGGGCUCUUACUUUGGCUCCUCAUUAUGUGGAGUUGACCUGAACAGGGACGGCCUGUCGGACCUGCUGGUUGGAGCGCCCAUGCACAGCACGCUACGGGACGAGGGACAGGUCUCUGUCUACCUCAGCAAGGGCAACGGUGUGAUGGAGGAAGCUGGACACUUAAAUGGUGAUAAUGCCUACAGUGCACACUUUGGAGAGUGCAUCACUGCAAUCGGAGACAUUGAUGACGAUGGGUACCAAGAUGUGGCCAUAGGAGCACCCAAAGAAGAUGACUACGGUGGAGCGGUUUACAUUUACCAUGGUGAUGCCACAGGAAUCGUCACCAAAUAUUCUAUGAGAGUGUCUGGACAGAGCAUUAACCCCGCCCUCCAGAUGUUCGGCCAAUCAAUCUCUGGCAAUGUGGACAUGGACAGCAAUGGAUAUCCAGAUAUUACCAUUGGUGCGUUCAUGGCUGAUCGCGUGGUGUUAUUGAGGUCCCGGCCGGUGAUCACUGUGGACGUGUCCAUCUACCUGCCUGUCUCCAUCAACAUCUCUGUUCCUCAGUGUCACGAGGGACCACAACACCUCAACUGUUUCAACGCUACAGUCUGCCUGCUCUUCAGAGGAAAACACCUGCCUGGACAGAUAGAGUUGCUGUAUAACCUGACAGCUGAUGUGGAUAAGAGGCAGAGGAGCCAGUCUUCCAGAGUGUACUUUAUUCAGAAUGGAGCCCAGAUCAGCUUAAUGAGCAACGAGCUCAGUCUGGACAUCAACAGAGAGGAUUGCCAACAGUACACUGCAUAUGUUAAGAAGGACAUGAAAGACAUAUUCACAGCCAUCACCUUUGAGGUGGCCUACACCCUGGGGAAGCAUGUGGUGAACGGUCACCUGGACAAAGACCUGCCUGCUCUUACACCUGUACUGCGCUGGAGGAAAGGAGACAAGAUGGCAGCAAAGAAUGAGACAUGGUUUGAGAGGAACUGCCUGUCUGAUGACUGUGCUGCUGACCUGAGACUCCAUGGGAAACUGCUGCUUUCUGGGCUCCACGUGCGGUCCCAUCUGGCCCUAGGAGGAGUGAGGAACGUCUCUCUGAACGUGACCCUCUCCAACGCAGGGGACGAUGCCUACGACACCAACAUCUACUUCAACUUCUCCAGAGAGGUCUUCUAUAUCAACUACUGGCAGGAGGAAGAGAAGGGUAUUUCCUGUGGUCUUGUUGAUUUAGACUUCCUCCAAUGCAGCGUGGGAUUACCCUUCAUGAGAGCAAAUACUAAGUAUCAUCUUGCAGUGAUCUUCGACACAAGUCGGCUUUCAGGGGAAAAUGAGACAUUGCAGUUUUUAGUUCAUGCAAAAAGUGCCAACCCUGAGCAUAGGCUGUUGGACAACAAGUUGGAUCUGUCUAUCCCACUGGUCCAUGAGGUGGACACAGCUAUCACUGGUUUAGUGACUCCAACAUCCUUUCUGUAUGGGAACUCCAUCGAUGCCUCUCGCUUCAUCCAGCUGGAGGACAAGGAGUGUAACUUCCAGCCUCUAAACUUCAGCUUUCAGGUGAUCAACAACGGCCCCAGCAGGUUACCUGGCUCCAUAGUGGACAUCAGGAUCCCAAAUCGACUGGCUGGCAAUGGGGCCGACAUGUUCCACAUCAUGGACACACAGGUGGCAGAGGGGCGAGGAAACUGCACCGCUCACAGGAACCCCAAGCCCUGUUCCAUCCCCCAGGACAGAGAGAGUAUCUUCCACACCAUCUUUGCUUUCUUCACCAAGUCUGGACGCAGGGUCCUGGACUGUUACCGGCCAGGGAGAGCAUGUUUAACCAUCUCAUGUACUCUGGGCUCCCAGUCCAAAGAGGAAGUUGUCAGUAUAGAUGUGAAACUUCUACUAAACACAGAGAUACUGAAGAGGGACAGCUCGUCGCUGAUCCAGUUCGUGACUAGGGGUAACGUGAGAGUGGACGGGAGGGCCAUAGAGGUACCGCAGGGGCUAUCAGAAGACACUUCACUGGUGUUCGAGGCGCUCCACAGCCAGGAGCCAAGAGGCUAUGUUGUUGGUUGGAUCAUUGCCAUGAGCCUAUUGGUGGGAAUACUCAUCUUCCUACUGCUGGCUGUGCUGCUCUGGAAGAUGGGUUUCUUCCGCCGGCGCUACCAGGAGAUCAUCGAGGCCGAGAAAAACAGGAAGGACAGAGCUGACAAGAGCUGGGAUUGGGUAGAAAAGAACCACUGAGGGACAGAGAAGACAAUGAGAGCACAGGGUGUGGGGAUUGUGUCAAUGGAGGAUCCAAUGAGCUGAGAGCUUUCACCACAGCCAGCCAAUCAGGAAUAAGGGCCCUUCAAUCUUCCAUAUGUGGAAGAGAAAUAAAUGGUCUCUGGAUUUUUUGGAGGGAGACUUUUUUUUGUGGGUGGGAGACUGGGGAUCGAGGGAACUAACAGACAGACAUCUGAGGUGGAGGUUGGUGUCGCUCGCUAGGGUCAGGUUCAUUAGGACCCUAAUUCAGUGCAACGGAAAUUGGAAAUUAGCGUUUCUUAUUGGACAAUCCCAUGGAUUCCAUUCCUGUUUGUCUGUUUUCUUCCGUUUGGUGUCAAAUUAAUACAACACUCGCAAUAGAAUUCAAUUAGUCCCUAUGGAGGAAACUUCCUGCCAACGGAAAUAAACAAAAUGGAACUGUUAAAGAAACAACGGGCCUGUUCAGGAUGCUGUAAUGUUCCAGAACAUUCAGAUAGAAAUAUAUUGUGCAGAACAGACAUGAUGCGUUAGCUCUAAACAUUCUAUUUCUAUCUGCAACGUUCUGAGUAUUUCACGUCACUGAAUACACCGAAGGAGAUAGACGUCCUUGGACAGGAUGUGGCAAUGACGCGGAUAUUAUCGGACGGGACAGCAAAAACCCUCAGGGCUCUGUUUUAAUAGUAGUGAACAUUUAUUUUUAUACAUAUUAAAGCCAUACUGUAUUAAAUUGGGGCUUUGCGAAAUGGUUGGUUCGAGUUUUUGAAAUCUAACGUAAGCAUAUAUAUAUAUGUUUUUUUUAAAGCACUGAUGUCCGAGUUAAUGCUAUGUUUCGGCGUCUUUCCUUUAGUUUCCAGGCCAAACACACAGCAUGUUAUGUAUAGUAAAUGAGUCAAUUUGUAUAUUAUCCAGUAUCGUGAGACGUGGAUUUUCUGGAGUGUGAAAGAUUGUGUCUUUUAAUUCUGUACUGUUUCCUGCUCACAAAUAUCUCUUUAAUAUCGCACACAUCUCCCUCUCCCUUGGAUAGAUAGCUAUAUGGGCAACCAGCCACGCAAGUCCAAUGAAGGCCCACAGAAAUACAAUUACAGGAGCGGACAUUCCCAUUCAAGUCAAAAUUAUAUUUCUGUGUGUAGACCUUCCAUUCACCAUAAACAUAGAUAUAUUUUUUUGUCACACAUCGAAGUUGUCACUCGCAUGAAGAAAUGCUGAUAACCAAGCAAAAGAGCUCUAUGAAAUGUUUAAUUGACUAUACAGUGCAUUCGGAAAGUAUUCAGACCCCUUGACUUUUUCCACAUUUUGUUACAUUACAGCCUUAUUCCAAAAUGGUUUAAAUAAAAUACAAUAUUCAGCAAUCUACACACAGUACCCCAUAAUGACAAAGCAAAAACAGGUUUUUAGAAAUGUUUUCAUAUUUAUUAAAAACAAAAAACAGAAAUACCUUAUUUAAAUAAGUAUUCAGACCCUUUGCUAUGAGACUCAAAAUUGAGCUCAGGUGCAUCCUGUUUCCAUUGAUCAUCCUUGAAUCCAGCUGUGGUAAAUUAAAUGGACAUGAUUUGGAAAGGCACACACCUGUCUAUAGAAGUUCCCACGGUUGACAGUACAUGUCAGAGCAAAAACCAAGCCAUGAGGUCGAAGGAAUUGUCCGUAGAGCUCCGAGACAGGAUUGUAUCGAGGCACAGAUCUGGGGAAGGGUACCAAAACAUUUCUGCAGCAUUGAAGGUCCCCAAGAACACAGUGGCCUCCAUCAUUCUUAAAUGGAAGAAGUUUGGAACCCCCAAGACCCUUCCUAGAGCUGGCCACCUGGCGAAACUGAGCAAUCGGUGGAGAAGGGCCUUGGUCAGGGAGGUGACCAAGAAACCGAUGGUCACUCUGACAGAGCUCUAGAGUUCCUUUGUGGAGAUGGGACAACCUUCCAGAAGGACAAACAUCUCUGCAGCACUCCAAUCAGGCAUUUACGGUAGAGUGGCGAGACGGAAGCCACCCUUCAGUAAAAGGGGCAUGACAGUUUGCCAAAAGGAACCUAAAGACUCUGACCAUUAGAAACAAGAUUCUCUGAUCUGAUGAUAUCAAGAUUGAACACUCUGGCCUGAAUGCCAAGCGUCACGUCUGGAGGAAACCUGGCACCAUCCCUACGGUGAAGCAUGGGGGUGGCAGCAUCAUGUUGUACGGAUGUUUUUCAGCGGCAGGGACUGGGAGAUUAGCCAGGAUCGAGGGAAAGAUGAACGGAGCAAAGUACAGAGAGAUUCUUGAUGAAAACCUUAUCCAGACCGCUCAAGACCUCAGACUGGGGUGAAGGUUCUCCAUCCAACAGGACAACGAUGCUAAGCACACAGCCAAGUCAACACAGGAGUGGCUUCGGGACUCUGACAAGUCUCUGAAUGUCCCUGAGGGGCCCAGACAGAUCCCGAACUUGAACCCGAUCGAACACCUCUGGAGAGAUCAGAAAAGCUGUGCAGCGACGCUCCCCAUUCAACAUGACAGAGCUUGAGAGGAUCUGCUGGGAAGAAUGGGAGAAUCUCCAAAUACAGGUGUGCCACGCUUGUAACAUCAUACCCAAGAAGACUUCAGGCUGUAAUCGCUGCCGAAGGUUCUUCAACAAAGUACUUUGUAAAAGGUCUGAAUACUUAUGUAAAUGUGAUAUUUCAGUUUUUAUUGUUAAUAAAUUAGCAAAAAUGCUUUGUCAUUAUAGGGUAUUGUGUGCAGAUUGAUGAUGAACAAAAACAACUAUUUAAUCAAUUUUAGAUUAGGCUGUAACAUAACAAAAUGUGUAAGAAGUCAAGGCGUCUGAAUUCUUUCAGAAUGCACUGUAUAAUUUAACGCUUUUCCAGGCCCUCAAAGUGCUUUAUACAGUAAAGAGGAAACACACAUCAUCCACCACCCAGCAACCCAUUGACAUCAUCAACACCAUGACAUCAUCAACUGUAGCUAGAGAAUAUCCUUUACACUUCAUUUGCCACAUUUCACAAAGUGUGGUGUUUUCAGACUGACGGUAUUGAAUGUACUCUGAGUUAGGCCAUAGAGAUAGUGGAUAGACAGCUUAAACAGAUAUACUAACAAUAAUUUUUAGCUCAAUAACGCAUUCCACUUGUCGCAAUUAAGCUGAGAAGAACCAUGAAAACGAUGAUAGUCUGGAGCAUUUCACAAAUCAUGGUCUUUUCCCAAUUUUAUUUUAAAUUGAUCCUAUCAUAUGAAAUAGGGGCAGAGAUGAGUAGAAAAACUAACAUUGUACCUUUAAAUUACGGUUAUACCUAUGUAACUAAACAGUAAUAACUGUAGUAACAAAAUUGUAGUUAUUAUGUAAUAUAAUGGUAUAGUGCCAUGCAUUAGAUGCUAGUUAGAACAGUUUGGUUGACAUUUAAAACGUGUAUUUUUACACACAUCCCACCAAUCUGUGGAAGCUACUUGAAAUGUGUAAAGAAAAAGUGCAAUAUAGGCUAUAUUCUAUGAGAAUCAAGUGUUAAAAGCUGUUUUGGCAAGUAACUAUUGCUCAGGUAUGCAGAUGAUCAAUCACAAGCUUAGCCUCUUUCAAAAAAGUUUUCAAUUUUCAAACAACCUGUCAGUCUAAAAACACAAACUGCCUUCAAAAAGUAUUCACACCUCUUUCAACGUUGAAUGUUCCUGCGUGGCCUAGUUAGAGUUUUGACUUAAAUCAGCUUGAAAAUCUAUGGCAAUACUUGUAAAUGGCUGUCUAGCAAUAAUCAACAACCAACUUGACUGAGCUUGAAUAAUUUUUUUUAAGAAUAAUGGUGUGCAAAACUCUUCAAGACUUACCCAAAAAGACUCACCGCUGUAAUCGCUGCCAAAGGUGAUUCUAACAUUUAUUGACUCAUAUGGUUGAAUAUUUAUCUAAUCAUGAUAUAUUAGUGUUUUAUUUCCAUUUAAAAAAUGUAUAUCAUUUUUCUUCCACUUUGGCAUUACAGAUUGUUGUGUGCAUAUCGUUGACCAAAAAAUGACAAAUCAAUUUUAAUCUCACUUUGUAACACAACAAAAAGUCAAGAGGUGUGAAUACUUUUUGAAGGCAGUUUGUGUUUUUAGACUGACAGGUUGUGCGUUUAUGAAAGGGUUGAAGAGUUUAUCAAUGUGCAAUCCCAAAUUAAGCAUGUGCUGGGUAUAAAAAGAUAAGUGGCACAUAUAUAUAAACGGUCUUGGGAGGUGCAGACGGGCCUUUAUGUGAUGGUGAUGAAAUUAGAUAAGUGUCUCAGCAUCGCUCUAACUAGGGCUCACUCAGUCUGUUUCGCUAAAGCGUUACAGAUUGCGCCAUAGAAAUGUCAAGGUAAUUUCCGAUUGAGUCAAUAUAUAUUCAGUGUUUACCGUGAAUGCAGUUUCAACUAACGGAGGAUUUAUACUAUACAGGCGUCACUUGCCCAGCCACGCUACCCUCGCCCUCAUGUGCGUUCUGUAGUGGUACAGUACAACAGCCAUUGUCAGCCAAUCCAGUAGGAGUGGAACCUAUGGUGAGCUUUGAUUGGUCACUCGCGUUGCGAUAUCGCAGAGGAUUGGAAUAACAUUUGCCAUUCUCAAACUUCAGCUCCCUCGCCCAUGCGCGCGUCACUCAGCGGUCCUCCCGCCCACUCCACUUCAUUCCAUUGAAAGUUAAUGGCUUCCGAUAUUCCACUGCGAGAUGCUACUUACUAGUAUAAACGGGCCGUAACGCGGAAAGGCUGAACUUCCGCAGAUUGAAUAGAGCCAGAAAUGAAGUAUAGCUUUUCAAAGCCAGUUUGUGCAGUGCUCUGUUACCCGGCUAAAACACCUUACUGUGCUCACUAUGAUGGCUUAGGUCUUUAUCAAUCAUGCUGCAUUGAUCUUUGAUUGGUUGAUUUGUUAGAAAUACACCCUAUAUUUUAAUGUCACUCCUUCCUUUCACUGGCAUGGCAAAUACUGUACACAUUCACCGUCUCCUCUGUACCUGAUAUAGUUAUCUAUUCAUAUUAGCAGAAAGGUAAACACUACAUGUUGGGUUGUAUUAACUGUGACGGUUUAGUUUUUUUUAUUUCUAUGUUGUUUCACCUUUAUCACACAUUAGAAUGCUGUAUUAAAUAAACUACUCUCUAUAUGUUUGAUGUUUAAACUCGUGUUCAAGCUUUAUAUUUAUCUGUUGAUAAAUUUGAAAUUAAAACUGUGGUUUUCUCUUUUUCUUUAAUCAAGAAAUGUUCUCCCAGUUUGACAUUGCUGCAGCGGAUUGCUUUUUUUGUGGUGUAUGGUACCAUCUGGUGGCAGACCGCUAGCAGUCUCACACAGUCAAUAUGAGAAGUGGGCAACAGCUGAUACUGGUUGCCAUCAAAGACUGGCAAAUCAAGCACAUGGCUCUUCACUGUUACCUGUAAAUAAUUCAUGAGUUGAGACAACCAGACUACAACAUGCUGCAACACAGUUGCAGAUAGAGCUGUUAUCCUCACAGGUAAAUUCAAUAUUUAAUUUCUUUUUAAAAUGGCAGCAUUUUAAUGAAGUACAUUUACAUUUCAGUCAUUUAGCAGACGCUCUUAUCCAGAGCGACUUACAGUAGAAUGCAUACAUUUUUACAUACUGAGACAAGGAUAUCCCUACCGGCCAAACCCUCCCUAACCCGGACGACGCUAUGCCAAUUGUGCGUCGCCCCACGGACCUCCCGGUUGCGGCCGGCUGCGACAGAGCCUGGGCGCGAACCCAGAGACUCUGUUGGCGCAGCUAGCACUGCGAUGCAGUGCCCUAGACCACUGCGCCACCCGGGAGGCGAUGUAGUAUUGCUACAUGAUGCAAGUUAGAAGAGCUGAACCAGAAUGCCUUCAUUGUUCUAUGGUUAAGAAAAUGAAAUGCUUACUUUGAAGAUGUUUGUAAGGAGACCUAGUUAUUAUUUUGUUUAAACUGCUGCAAAUAAAAACAAAUCAACAUGA